AUGACUAGUGGUGGUGUUACAGAAGUUAUGGCAAAGCCUCUCUUUGAAACAUAUCUGAACGUACUUACGACGCUUUUUCUUAGUAACUCAAACGUUAAAAGAUUAUCUAGAAAGGAUCGUAAUUGCAUUUUUGACAACGAAGAGAACCCAACAUACGGUAAUGUGGAUGCACCGUAUACUUACAGUGACUGUAUCGUCGAAUGUAAACUCCAUAACAUACAGAAGCUCUGUGGAUGCAGACCGUUCUUUUAUCCACGUCGCAACAAAGAAGAAUCUAAAUGGAUGACAAUUUUUCCUAGUGACAAAAAGAACAAGCAUUUUCAAAACAAAAAAGACGCUUUAUAUUGUCACAAGUGUUAUCCUGAUUGUGAAGACCUUAUGUACGAUGUAUUUAGUUGGACAAGUUCCAUGACUCCUGGUCAAUAUAAUACUGAGUUAAUACAGGGCAAUGUUACUAACUACGGAAUAGUGCAUGUGUACCUCUCGGAAUCUGACACACUUGUGUUGAAACAAGACGUGUCUGUUUACUGGUAUGAAGUCUUGAGCGAUAUUGGCGGUUUCUGUGGCGUCUUCAUCGGCUUCAGUUUCAUCAGUGUAGUGGAAUUUCUGUACUUCUCCAUGCUUGCGGUUCGCGAUUUGUUCUUAAAAAAGUCGGCUUUGCAGAAAAACAACAAUUGCAUUGUAUUUGAUAAAAUGCCAUUUAGAAAUGAAACCUUAUGGGCAAUAUAUUGGAAUGAACUAAUACCGCGACCUUGGAAUUCGGAAAAGCCUCAACUAACACAGCUAGAUAUUUGCCGGCAAAUUCAUAGAACUAUUUCGAAAGAUCCCCGAUCAAAAUGA